AUGCCGAGAUCGUCUCAGGCUUUAGGAACAAAACCCGUUCUAGGAAUGCCAUCAGACUGUGGCUUCGUAAGAAUGCACACAAAAGCAAUAUCACCCCGCAGACCCGAUUCCGAGCUGACCUUCUUUUUGAAUCUCUUCCUCAAGCAGCUAAAAAAGGCACAAACCCGCGUCGAUGGCUGGAACUUGCGGCGGCGAUGUUACGCGUGGCGAAAUCAUCAAGUGGCAGGUGAAUCUGCCAUAGAACACAAGGCAUCAAAAGCGGACGUUCUGCCAAACUCGGAUUAG